CGUAGACAUGUCUUCUAUCAGAAAAAUACCAGAUUCCAUAGGCCACUUGAAGUCUCUUAACCAACUACGGCUACGGAAUUGCCAAAUUGAUGGAUUAAUUCCUGUGUCUUUUUGGAAUCUCACUCAACUAACUCAUUUGGAACUUUUAGGAAACAGAUUUCAUGGUGAAAUUCCAUCUUUACUUUCAAACCUCAAACAUCUCACCUACUUAGAUCUUAGUUCUAAUAGUUUCAGUGGUCACAUCCCAGACGUGUUCGACAACUUCACUAAAUUACAUACCUUGCAACUUUCUUCUAACAGUCUAGGAGGCCAAUUGCCACCAUCACUUUUUCGUCUAUCCCAACUUAAUGUUCUAGAUUUGUCAUUGAAUAGCUUAGAAGGCCCAAUUCCAAGUAAGGAUACAAAACUCUCAAAAAUAACGUCCCUAAUUUUGUAUAAUAAUUCAUUAAAUGGGACAAUUCCAAAUUGGUGUUAUUCUUUGCCUUCAUUGAUAUUUCUAGAUCUUGGGCACAACCACCUCGUAGGACCGAUAGGAGAAUUCUCGACUUAUUCUAUGAAUUAUUUGGUUUUGUCUAAUAAUAAACUUCAAGGUAGUUUUCCAAAUUCAAUAUUUAAUUUUCAAAAUCUUACCACUUUAGAUUUAUCUUCAGCUAAUUUGAGUGGUCAUAUAGAUUUUCACCAAUUUUCAAAGCUCAAAUCUUUAAAUUUUCUUGAUCUAUCUCACAGUGCUUUUCUCUCUAUUAACCUAGACGACAAUGUUGACUAUUUUUUACCUUACCUUACCGUAUUAGGUUUAUCUUCGUGUAAGAUUACAAAAUUUCCUAAGUUCCUAGAAAGCAUUCAAGAUCUAUAUGUACUAGACCUUUCUGAUAACCAAAUUGAAGGGGUGAUUCCCAAAUGGUUUAAUGACAAGCUCUUGUACAAAUGGAAGAACAUGCAGUUCAUUGAUCUCAGUCUCAACAGGCUGCAAGGAAAUAUUCCAAUUCCAUCAUAUGGCACCUAUUAUUUCUCAGUUUCGAAGAACAACUUCACAGGAGGCAUUUCUUCAACAAUAUGCAAUGCAAGCUUCCUCAAUAUGCUAAUCCUGUCUCACAACAAUUUGACUGGCAAUAUUCCACAAUGUUUCGGAUCCUUUCCUUUGCUACAGGUGUUGGAUAUGCAAAUCAACAACCUUUAUGGAAGCAUACCUGGAAACUUCUCCAAGAAUAAUGCUUUUGAGACUAUAAAGUUGAAUGGCAACCAAUUAGAGGGACCAGUACCACAAUCGUUGGCUCAUUGCACAAAACUGGAAGUUCUAGACCUUGGUGACAAUAACAUAGAAGAUGUAUUUCCCAGUCAGCUAGAAGUUCUUCAGGAACUACAGGUACUCAGUUUGCGAAAUAACAAAUUUCAUGGUACCAUCACUAGUUUGAGUAUGAAGCAUCCAUUUCCAAAGUUGAAAAUUUUUGAUGUGUCUAAUAACAAAUUUAAUGGCCCUUUGCCAAUGCAAUACUUUCAAGAGUUUCAAGGAAUGAUGACGACUCUGAAUGAUAAUACUCAAGCUGAUAGUUUGGAGUAUAUGAGCACUAUUGCUAAUACCACCAGUGUACCAUAUAAUGACUCUGUUGUGAUCAUUAUGAAAGGUCAAGAGAGAGAAAUGUCAAGGAUAUUAACUAUUUUCACAACUAUAGACUUGUCAAAUAACUUGUUUGAAGGAAAAAUUCCACAAAUUCUUGGAGAAUUGAAUUUUCUCAAAGGGCUUAACCUUUCUCACAAUAAAAUCAGUGGUAACAUUCCACAAACUUUAGGUAAUUUGACAAGUUUAGAAUGGUUAGACCUCUCAUGGAACCAACUGAAAGGUGAAAUACCUCUGUCUUUGACAAAUUUGAAUUUUCUAUCUGUCUUGAACCUUUCGAAAAACCAGUUGGAGGGAGUGAUACCUAGAGGAAAACAGUUCAAUACAUUUCAAAAUGAUUCCUACAGAGGAAACUCAAUGCUUUGUGGAUUCCCUUUGUCAAAGUCAUGCGGUAAUGAUGAAGAACAACCACCUUCAGUAUUUGCUGAGGCAAAAGAAUCGUUAUUUGGGUGGAAGUCAGUAGUAGUGGGAUAUGCAUGUGGAGUGGUGUUUGGGACCUUCCUUGGAAGCUUGUUUAUCAAGACUGCGAAACCCUUGUGGCUUGCCAGACUUAUUUGUGGCUAUACUUAACAAAACAUGCACAAAAGAUCAGAGGCCAUGCAAAGCAUCAUGUUUUUUCCUUUUUUUUUUCUGUCAUGUGAAUUUUCUGUUUGUGGAAUAAAAUGUGUUAGAUAUCAAGCUUGUGAUUUAUCCAUGCUUACAUCAUUAUAGCUUCGUCAAGAUGUACCACCACUCUUACAAUGAAAUGAAUUGAGUUAUUUACUAAAGAAACUCUAUUUCUCUGUUUUUGUAGCGAGUGUCCUGAGAGUGAGAGAAAAAUGUAUAAUUAUGUUAUAUGAGUGGUUUAUGCGAGUGAUAUUGAUAUUGAAGAUAAUUAACUCAUG